UACUGUUAUAUACCGCCAUAUUGUUUGCGACAGUCGUGCAUGUAAUUGGUCUGGCUUGCGUGGUCUCGAGUUUUUCUCUUGUUCGGUGAAUCCCUCGGGAAAAAGAUCGCAAACAUUUCACGAAAAAGCAACAUGAAAAAAACCAAGGACGUAUCAGACGAGGAUGAAUAUUCUGCAGAUGAUCCAGAAGAAGUGGAAGGAGCCUCUGAAGAAGAGUGGACUCCUGAAGCCGGAGCUGAAAGCGGUGCUAAAAAGAGGCCACAAAGGGAAGUUGCUAAAAAACGACAACACUCAGAAGAAGAAGAAGAUGAAGAAGAAGAGGAGGAUGAAGACGACGAUGAUGAAGAGGACGAUGAAUCUGAUUCAGAUACAGGAAAGAAACCUAAAAGAAAAAGGCGGUCUAAAAAAGAAGACGAUGAAAAGGAAGACGAGGAUGAAGAAGAUUCUGAUGAUAACAGCUUCAAUGAAUCAUCAGGAGAAACACCAAAAGAUUUUACUUCUGGUGCAUUUGUUGUUGCAAAAGCUGACAUUGGUGGAAACACAGAUCCAACAUUAUGGAGGAUAGAUGGGAAAGCAUUACUUCAAAAGUUUUUACCUUUCAAAGAAGAUGGAAAAACAUUAUAUAAAAGCACAUCGACAUAUUCUGGAUGGUCAGCAAAUAACAAAGAUAAGUACUUAGCAGCACAAGUUACCUUCAAAGUGCAAAGUAGAACAGAAACUAUUGUUGAACUUCAUCUCGAUCAGCAUCAACAAGAAGUUGUAAAAGAAGAAAAAGAAGAUUAAAUAUAGAUCAUGUUUGAUCAUAUUUGUUUAUAUACAUUUUAAGAUAUGCUAAGGAAGAAUACAUCUACAAUCACAGGUACACGUCAACAUUACACAGACAUAUUACGUAAAUACAUGCAGUUUACAAAAUAAUAUUCUAGCAGAUUCAUGUUUAAAAAUAAGAUUGAGUGGACCAUGGACCUCAGUUCUUUACUAAGAGUAGUUUUAUGUAUAAUUAAUAAUUCUACAACAUAUUUGUGUAUAUUUCAAUUAAGCUAUCUAAAAGUUUGUGACAUUAAAAAUUUAUUUCCGUUAAAUGUACGUUAUCCACUCAUAUUUUGUGUUUUGUAAAUUUAAUAUAAAUCUAAAAUUAAUUAUUUAAACUACAUGUUAAUUUUAAAAUACUACUGUAUUGGUAAUAAUCUUGAUAUGCAAA